GUGUGUGUUUUGUGUUUUAACGUUCUAAUUUAUCGAAUUUCUACGUUUUUUCGCGAAUUCCUGAGCCUUGUGUUCAUGGCAGGACUUGAGAGGGUCUUAUCUUCCUAAGACAUGGUUAUAUGUGAGCAAAAAUGGAGUCAAAAAAAGAUAUUUACUCUUCAUGGGUGCAGUACACAACCAAGAAUGAAGAAAAAUAUUUCCGUCACUUCAUUCAAGGUUUUGUGAAUAUUUGGGAAACGCAACUACCAUUAGAUUGGGAUAAUCCUCAGAAUCUACCUAAUUGGACAGAAGUAAAACCUGAUGCUGGACCUCACCUGUCACGAUUGCCUGAAGAGUUGCUUCCGGCGAUUGGAAAGUUUCUUUUCAUAGCCAAAGAUAACGCUGAGAAGAAUGCCAUAACAACAGAAGAGACCAAUGAAGUUCAACUCCUUCUGCGAUGUCUGAUCAUGAUCAGUCGCAAUUUUGACAACAUUCCUGUCCUGGCAUCUUGUGAUUAUAUAAGUCAUACCAUUGCUAUUGCAACCUCUUUGAUACAUCAGCUUGUCAAUGGGAAAGAUCACAUGAAAGAUUCAACGGUGUCAUAUUGUACUUAUCUGUGCCAUAUGCUAGAGUGUUUGUACGAUCCCUAUUUCACAUGGCGACACUUCAAACUAGAUCAAAUUCCUGACAUUGAAAUGCUGAUCCAUCAUCCAGCAGCGUUACAUGUUGAAAUAAUUCCUUUUAUUUAUGACUGUUUUGAAACUUGUUUGGUUGAGCUGGAAUCAAACCUGAGCAAUGAACUUUUAAACGUGCUUGGUUCAAGUGUAUCGGGUUCACAAAGCACGCUUUGCCUUUUACCACAACAUGGUAUAAUUGAAUCACAUAACAUUGGGAGGGCGCACAAUGCUUUACGGAGCAUAUGCCCCGCAACAGCUAGCCUUGUUGUCAUGGUCAUCUCGAACAAUAAAGCUGAUUUGUCAGUGCGAGUAACUGCUGCUCAGUGUUUUACUAUUAUGGUUCAUGUACUGAUCCGCUCACCUCCGCAUCAGAGGCAAAUUGAAGUCGGCACCUUGAUAGAACUGUACCGAGAUGCUUUAAAUGGUAUGAUUGAUGAAGUCUGGACGGAAAAUCAAAUUUUGAAGGUGCAUAGUAUCGUAAAAACGCUGAAAAAAGCAGUAAUUGGUUCUGCGCAAUAUGCUUUGAGCAUACAGGGUGUCAUGGUUAACGUUCAUAUGCUCGAAAACUUGCUCAAUAUUGUUGACAAAUGCUGUGAGUCGCCAUUAAGUGAGCCAUUAGUAGUAGAAUGUGUUGCAACAAUAUCUGCCAUAUUAGUCGGUGCCUCACUGGGAAAGGAAAAGAUGCAACGAAUCGAUGGUUACAGCAUGCUUUUCUCAUCUCUUUACAAAAUUGGAAAACCUGGUCGAAGCCUCCUCGAAGCUGUGUUAUCAAUUGCCAUUGAAAAUUACUCACUUGAAGAAUCCAGCUGUCUGAAGAACUGUGAAGUGCUUAUAUUUAUCAUUAAGUGGAUAAUCAAAUUCAGUGAGCCAGAUCAGAUAUGGUUGUCUCGAAUUCUCUGCCAGCUGUGUACAAAAAAUUUACAAAGCAAAAGCAAAGCAACUAGUAGUGGCGCUGUUUUGGCAAUUUUGGACUGUUUGACCGAACAUGAUUCUUUAACGGAAACUGCUGCAAAUGACCUCAUAGCAUUCUUAGAAGCCCUUGUAUCACAUUCUGUCACCGUUGCUGAGUUAAAACAUAUUUUUCUACUUCUGAGGGAUGAUGGUAACACAAAGUGUCCGUAUUGGGAAAGACUGUAUCACGCUCUGUGUAACAUAGCACGGAACAGUUGCCAGCAGCAAACUUGUCAUAAUUAUUUUGACAUCCAGACUGCCUCAGAUUGCAUCAUCAUCCCUGACUCAAAAAAAUGGUCAAACCCUGGAACUGGUCUGAGUUUCCAUUGCUGGUUAAGGCUUGAUGUGCUUGAAGAUGAAGACGGACCUGCACAACGCAACUCUCCAUUGUAUAGGAGACAACUUUUUAGUUUAUUAACGGAUAAUAAUACUGGAAUGGAGGCAUUUUUCUGCAAUGAUGGAAGACUUAUAAUCGGCGUGCAUACAAGGAAAGAGUUUUUAGCUGCUACUGUCCCUGUUUUUACAUGGUCUGAUGGCCAGUGGCACUGUCUACAUGUAAUCUUUACCAGUGCAAGGAGACCUUUCGGGCACAACCAUUUAUCUGUUUUCAUUGAUGGAUCGCAGGCGCUCUCAGCUGCAUUGAAAUGUUCAUUGAUGACAGAUCCUUUCUCUGUUUGCAAAAUUGGAUGCGUUCCUGAGAAAACUGUUAUGCUAAAUCGUGAGCUUAAAAUUGACCAAAGAAGUGUUUUAGGACAAGAUGUGAGUUUUCUGCCGUCUUUUAUACAGCAGGUCCCAAGCUACUUUACUUUGCCUCUUCGUUCAUCGAUACCCUUGGACCCACAUGUAAAAAAUUUCCCUCCAGGAAUGCAAGAUACACUUUUCGGUGGAGGUAUCCCUCUGCAUGGACAACUUGGCUCAUUCUGUCUGCUGCAAGAGCCAUUAUCAUCAAGUUUAAUCAAGUGCAUGUAUGAAGCAGGACCGAAUAAUCUGCAUUUAUUCGCACCAAAUGGGCCUCAAGAGCUUCAGAGUAUCCAUACUAAUUUAAUCUGGGCUUUCUCACCAUACGCUGCAAGCUGUGGCGAGUGCUUGGACUUAUCUGGAAACAACCAUGAAGUCAAGAUCACAGCUUUCGUAUGCCGCACUUUUGGUGUAAAAAAUGUGAUAAACUCCAUCGGCAAUAUUUAUGUAACCUUUCCAAUUCUUGAAAGCAUUGGCAAGUCCGACGAGUUCGAUCUGUCUUUAGUUUCUCCAUCGACCAAAGAUCCCUCCGCUGAUUCUCAAAUGGAUGAGACGGAAGAAUGGAUUUUACUCUCUAAAAGCUCCUUGAUAGAAAAAAAACUAGAAUCGAAUCCUGUUUCAAAAUUUAUCAUCCUCCUCAAAAAUACCUUGAAGAACAACCUGAACAAUCAGGAGAAGUUUUUGAAGAACAAUGGUGUAGCUGUUCUCGGAGACAUCCUAUCGAAAGUAUCCCUAGAAGUCAUCAGCGCGUCUGUGUUAAAGAGUUUACAUUUAUUGCUAGAUACAGCUCGUGACACACCAAACCCAUUACUCGUCAAAACAAUCUAUCAACAUUUGAUUUUCAAUUUCAACAUUUGGACUGCUGGCAAUUUUAUGGUUCGUGCGUCUCAUCUACAAUUCAUAUCAACCUUAAUCAAAGAGGACCGGAAAUUUUUUCGAAAAAAAUUUGGAGUACAAUUCUUUUUGGAUAUCAUCCGAAUAUAUUACUCACAGACAGGAGUACUUAAUGCAGAAGAUUCUAAAGCAAUCAGAGUAUCCAUUCUGGGCCUUGUCAAAUUUUACAUUCAAAAAGAGGUGAACUCAAAAGAAAUCUCUGCUAUCGUUGGCUUCCUCGUAGUGUGCAAAGAGGAACAUCUUGUCAUUGAAUUACUCGAAAUGAUCAUCAUCCAGCUAGAAGGAAAACACUGUCGAGACCAAAUCUAUCUCCUUCUGUAUGAAUCCCACAAUGCAACCAGCCUCUACUGCCUUUUAUUGGAGAAAAAUUUUUCCAUGGAUUUAAAGCAGAAAGUACUCAAAGUUUUAUCAAUUUUGCUACGAACAAGUCGCGUUUACGAACGGAAUAAGGGCCAGCUUCGUUUACAAGAUUCAUCCUCUUACGGAAUGUAUCCAGGUUUCAUUUCAAUGCUUCCCAACCUUCCUGUUUCCAUGGAAGUUGCUGUGAUGCUACUGGACCAGAUACUUCUUCUGGAAACCAGCAGUGGAUAUGCAGGUGCUCUGUCAUUGUUACAUUUCCUUCAGUUCGCAGACUUGGACAUUAAGAUUGAGGUUGCACGGAAGAUACUUGCAGUUGCUUUUAUGAAGCCAAAUGCUCCCCAUAUGUUUGCUGUACAAGCUGGUUGGCAAGAUUGCAUCACAAGACUUUUAGUCCGGUGUCCGAUAACAGUUCAACAGUCCUCAUCCACUCCUGAUUUGAUGGUUUUUGAUGAAAAUGACAACACCUCAGAGACUGAUCCAGGGAGAUUAAGUCCAUCCUUGGCAGCCUUAUCUGCUCCACUCGAAGAAGCGUUAUCUUUCGAAUUUAAAGAAGUUGCCGGUACAGUUGGACACGCAGUUGCUGAUAAUAUCUGUCAUGCUGGGAGUAAUAUUACUUCAGCAGUAGCAUCCGCUUACUCUGCUAUCCGUCAGAAAACAGUGGAAGUGCAAGAAAGUAUCGAGCAGCUGGGAGAAACAGCUCGAAUGAGAGCUAGAGCUAGAGAUGCAACUCUUUCCACUGAAUCUACCACAGAAACUGAGAGUAGUUUGAAUGCACCCUUAGGUUUUGAGCUUGACUCAACAUUUGUCAAUCGAUCGCCAUCCAUGAGCAGUAAUGAGGAUUUAUCCUCAGUAAAUCAAACAACAGACGCUAGUUCGGCCAAAGAUUCCAUCAGUAUAGCUUCGAUGCAGAGUCGUAGUAGUAGCGCUGUCAUACAUUCUGAUGACGAGGAUGAUGAAGAGAAAGUCAUAUUCGAUGUUUUGCAACAGUGGAAAACAUUAGAUGCUGAAAACGAAGGUAAUCGUGAAAAUGAGCUGUGCUAUCUUGUUGUUUACAUUUUAUUCACCAUUAUGUGGCGUGGUAUUGAUGGGAAUAGUAAAAAUUGUUGGAAGGAACGAGGUCAGGUCAUGGCCUGCAUCAAUCUUCUGGCUUUGAAUAAUGCCCUGUAUUGCUCACAUCUGGAGUUGAAACUUCGAAUUUUGGAAAUGCUCGUUCAAGCAGCUUUAAGUGAUCACCGUGAAAACGCAACCCCUGACAAUGUUGGUGUCUAUUCUGAAAAUUCUGCCCAACUCAUCAAAUGGGUCUACGACCUUACUGUCCUUGAUCCCAACAGUGACAACUCAAAGAAAGCCUCAACAAAACUGCUAGAUGGUGUUUUUGGUCUUUUGGAUGUACUAUUAGUGUUUCAAGAAAAUCGCAGCAAAGAGUGGCGGGAAAUGGCUCAGCUAGCGUUUGGAAUUCUCCUAAGCUGUGCUGGUUUUACACAGUUGGAAAUUUGCGCAAUGGCAACAGCAAAAUUGAAUUCACUCAUCAUGACUCGCGUCAUGAAUGAUGCUGAGGAGGGCAGCUAUCUUCUGUUCACAAUCAGCUCUAUUAUUCAACGCACCCUUAAUGAAAAUGAUCAAGAGCACUACUCAUUCUUGAUCCCUGUUAUGAAAGCUCUUCUGGAAAAGCUAUCAACCAUCCUUGAUAUUACUGAGAAAUUACCUGAUCUUCCCAGCACACAGUCUGGACCACUGUUUUUUGACUCCUUUCAAGAAUUUUGCCUAACUGAAGAAUGGCAGCAGUUCAUCACAAAUGAGGUUCGGCCUUUACACGAAGCGUAUCAGGCCGCACUAACUGCUCACUUGACGGAAGCCAUGAACACUUUUUGGGCUGAAUGCUACGAAAGCUCAAAGUUGUCCAGUCAUAAAAGAAAUCGCGAGGUUGGCGAGAGCAAAUUACGGUUUCAGAUGAACGUCGUGUCUCCGUGUCGGUCGCGCGCGAGUGAAGAAUCGCUUCGGUUCGCGAAUGUGUUAACGCAGCAACGUAACGCCGAGUUGGCCGUGCGUCGGAAAUGGCGGGUGCUGAAGGAGUUCCUGUGCGGACCACGAGGCGCCUGGAAAUCAAGUGAGAAACUCCUUAACCUAGCAGUAUGUACAAAGCCAUGCUAG